AGAAGCUUGACACAGAUCGUCGCAUUUCUGACCAGGCACCCAAUGGAGACUGUACCGGAUAUUUACCUCGAAAAGAUUUACCUCAAACAGGACUAAGGAAACAAGCUGUCAUAAAAGCAGUGUAGGCACCAACACGAUGGCUCUAUGAAGGGUUUCAAGAUUCUUCUACCUUUGCACACAGCAGAGUCGAGCGAUGAUGAAGAUGAGGCUGGUCUCACAGACACAUCUCAGAAGAAGGAACCACAACCGAUCUGUGAACAACACCAACAUGGUCAAUAUUACUCACCACAGACGCGCAAACCUGUUCGCGCCACAGAAAGCGAACAGGAAGCCCUCAUUCGCCAUAGGAGACUACGCAGGGGUGAUCUGGUUCGCGGUGUAGCAGGUGGUGAUUGUGAAGCAGUUGAACGAUGCCUUGGCUGCCUGAAGGGAGUUGAACAACAGUCACAUGCAUUAUUCAUUGCUGCUAGAACUGGAAAUAAAAUGAUGUUUGAGUUGUUGGUGGACUAUGAUUUCAAGCCUAGCAUGGCUCUUAUGCAUGGCCAGACGCCACUGCACUAUGCAGCGUAUUAUGGGAAUAUCAACAUUGUUGAACUGCUGUUGAGGCAGUGUCAUGCAGUUUCCGUUAGAGAUGACAUGGGCCACACCCCUCUCCACUAUGCUGCUGAUACAAAACGGGACAACAGAGAUAUGCUCGUGUAUCUUGUUGAGACGUUUGGGAAAAUGUGUCGCAAAAACGUCAAGGGGACGACGCCUGAUGUCGUCAAUGACGUCACUUGCACAGGAACCACGCCCUUACUGGCAGCUAUUUCGAGGAAUAAUGUCGAUCAUGUGAAAUGUCUAUGCGAGCUUGGAGCCGUGCCUAAGUUUGAAGACUGUCGCAUGGCUGUGUUGAAAAAGGAUUGUGUCAUUCUAGCUUAUAUUGUGCAGAGGAACGCUCCUCUGAUGCAGGACCUGUCCCCUUCGUGUUCAACGGGGAACGCAACGGUGGAAGUUAUCCAAACUGACCACCUAAACACGUGGUCAAACACACAGCGAGAUAUCACACUGAAAACACAAUCGACCACUCAAACCAAUGGAUCUGAUGACAUUAACACGUCGGCAUCGGGAAUGUCGUGUCGUAAACAUCAGAAAGAACAAACCGACCAUUCAGUCGCCAUGCGAGCAGACGACAACCAUCUCCGAGCUGACGACAGCCUGUUACAUUUGGCCUGUGGCAUUGUCGAGCCACACAUUCGCACCGAAAUCAUCAACGUGCUUUUCGAGGGUGGAUAUAAUAUAUCCAAAGAUUUCACAUGGAUUCUGGAUUCUGAGCUCCCAGUGUUCACGGGUUGUGAGGGGGGUGCAUUACGUCAGUCAUUUUUAGAAUAUGCGAAUGUUCGAUCUCUUCAACGACUCUGCUCUCUAAGAGUCCGUCAUCUCUUGGGCCCAUCCUUGUCUUCAUCUGUGCAUAGACUCCCAGUGCCCGAGCCUAUCAAGGAUUUGAUCCGACUGAAGUACCACACCAAGUAGACUAUACUUACAUUUAGUCUUAGGAAUAUAGUUAUCCCAUUUAAAAACUGAUCUACACAUUGUAGGUUUAUGUGAAACCUUUGUCCAGAAACAGGUAAUUUCAUUGAUUUUCUGUUCGGAUUUCGAGCAUUCGACAGCGUACGUAACAAAAGGAAACGACUAGGUCGAUACAGCGGAGGGAUCACAGAAUUUAUUAAAGAUCACAGAAUUUAUUAAAGAUCACAGAAUUUAUUAAAGAUCACAGAAUUCAUUAAAAAGCACAGAAUUUAUUAAAGUUCGUUGUGGAAGUACCAUGGCUAAACUGUUGGUGUAUUGUCUAGUACACGUGAAAACCACAUAAUGUUCUGAUACUCAUCCUGCAAAGCCAAAUCGGGGCGGAAGAACCUGGAUGUUGUUGUGGGCCAACAAACCUGUGGUUAAUCUUGCGGUAUGGGGUCGAGCAUUGUCAUGCUGGUAAAUGACGUUUUGACGGUUCGUGAAUGGAAUGACGAGAGGUCUGAUGAUUUCAUCACAGUAACGUCGCGCUGUGAGAUUGCCUUGCACCUGGAUGGGAUCGUUUCUCCCACUGUUCGAGAUGCCCGCCCAUACCAUAACACUCCUAUCACCAAAUCUGUCCACUUCCUGCACGCAGUUCGGAGCUUACUGGUAAACAUUUAUUGAUGUAAAUAAUCGAGUCUGGGCCAGACAAUCCAAUGAAAGACAUCAUGAGCAUCGAUCCACGCGAUUGGGAUACGAUGACAUGCAUCAACCAAGUCAGCGAGCCUGACCACCCGA